UACAGAUGUUAAGGAAUUUGACAGAUCUUUUGCAAAGAUCUCAACUCCUCGAGCACAUCAGCAAAUUCAUACUUGAGAAAAAACAUAAUAAAUGCAAUGAUUGUUAUAUAACCUUUAUCUAGCAUACAUAUCUUAGAAGACAUCAAAGUUCAUAUUAAAGAGACCUAACAUGUGUAAAGAAUGUGACAAAUCUUUUACUCAGAGCUCAACUCUAACAACACUUCAGAAAAUUCAUUCUGAAGAAAAAAAAUACCCUUCUAAAUAAUGUGACAGAGCAUUUAUCCAGUCUGCUUACAAAUCAACACUAUACAUAAUAUAACAUAAAUAUAUCCAGACAGGAUGGCGCAAAACUUUAAUCCCAGCACUUGGGAGACAGUGCCAAUUGGAUCUGAGUUUUGAGUUUGAAGUCAGCAUGGUCUACAGAGCAAGUUCCAGGACAGCCAAGGCUACACAGAAAAACCCUGUCUCAAAAAAUACCAAAAAGCAAACAAACAAAUAAAAAACUUAUGGAAGACUUUAAGGAAGAUUGUAUUACUUACCUCCUGCUGCAAGAGGAGACUUCUUUAACCAAGCUUGAAAGUAGUACAAAUAGAUAAUCAUAAACAUGAAUAUUUAUAUGGCAGAUAACAAGAUCAAUAACAGAACAUCCAUAGUUUCUACCCUUGAAUGUACAAUUCUCACAUCAUGAUUUUUACCAUGUUUACAGUACUAGACAUAAAUUUACCUUUAUGGAGCAGAUCUCAAAUCCUAUCAGGAAACAGGUUGAUUGUGCCCAUUAACAAUCAAGUCAGUAUUGCACCAGUAAACACAACUUGACUCGUAGAUCAGUGUUGUAGGAUGCAAAGCAUAAGUAUGACUAUCGACAUUUUUUCUCUGCCAGCAGCCUGCAUAAGCUCUUGCAGUGCUAGAAAAGUUAGUCAGCAGGGAGAGUUUCCUAGUAUGUUCAAGAUUGCUCUCCUAUAUACAUAUUCCAACCAAAGUGUUUGGUGUCUUCAGCAACACCAUGUGUUUAUAGUGGCCAAGAAAGAUCAUUGGCAAUGAUCGGUUUGCUUUGGAGUGCCUCUCGAGCUGCCAUGAUUAGAAAUUUCUAAGCAGAUACCAAUACGUGCUAGAGAGAAUUUCAUGUAAAAGCCCUGGGAUUAAAUGUCUGGUAGUAACAUUUACCCAUGUGAAAUAUGUCUGUUCAAACGGUUUAAAAUUAUACUUACUCUUAACUUGUAAGAUAGUGGAAUUUCAUAAGACUUCUUCAUACCUUUAUGCAUCCUUUUUGGUUAACCCACCUGCUCUUCCUCAUUUCUUCCUAUCCAUCCCUAGUUAAACAUUUAGCAAUAUCCCAAUUCUUUUAUAUCGCAUGUUAUCCAAUAUUCUCUAUCCUGCUAUCUUCUCCUACUAUACUUUUUACUUGGGUUGCAAAUGAUAGGCUGCCAUGUAUGUUCUUCAUGGAAAUGUCAUUUUUAUUGAUCUUUCACAGUCCCUUAUCUUCCCUGUCAGUCCACUGCCUAUUUGAACUAUUCUGUCCCCAUUAUACUCACCCUCUAAUUUCAUAUCAUUUAUCCAACCUGUCUUCUUACAUCUCUCCACUAAUGAUCCAUUUCUAGCUUCCUGGUUUCUAUAUGUAGUCUUACUUGAACACACAAAACAAAAAGUUUGAAACUAGAGCCCACAUAUUCAGUCAUACAUAUGUCAGUUGAUGGAUAUCUAGGUUGAUUUCAUACCCUGGAUACUGUGAAUACAGCAGCUAUGAACAUGAUAGUCAAGUGCUCAUGAGUAAGAUGCAAAGUUCUUGGAGUUUAUGCCCAGGAUUGGAUAUUGUGUAUAAACACCAUAUCAACCAAUAUGAAAGAGAGAUAUUAAAGUCUUUUAUGUUGGUUGAUGUUCCUUAAACAAAGGAUAUUAAAAUAGAGGUAAAGGAACAGGAUGCUUUAGUGGAAGGUGAAGCAUUCAGUCCUAUAGAGAAGGUCCAAAGAUCAGAAAUAGACAACUAAAUAACUUCAGGAAGUCUCAGAAAUUUGCAAGUUUCAUAGUUCCCUUCUGCCGCAGGCAUAUAUGCUCUCUAAGGACUGCAGAUGCUGUCAGACAAGACAAGGUGCACAAAAGAUGCUUAGACCAGCCAUGAAGCAGACACCUGUGAAGCUGCUUGGACUAGAUAAGACAAGACAAGCUGCUUGGAGGAGUUAGUGAGUGGCUUAAAGGACACACUUCCCACCUCAAGUGAGAUGUCUAGAAGUGUGCAGUGAUCCCCAGGUUUGCAGUUUCAUCAGCCACCAUCUUCACAGCUGUCAUGAAGUCUUUUGUGCUUCUGUCAUGAACUCCUCAUUCUUGCGGACCCAAGGCGGCUCCAGGGCUCACCGGAGGGAGGGGCCGGAAAACCCUCCUUUCUCUGAAGGACCUGGGGGAAUCUUUGUUUGCGGGGUGGGUGGCCGACCCUGGCCGACUUCCUGCAGCCCCUGGAGCCUUGUGGGACGGUGUGGGAGAGUCUCCAGUCAGCACCACAGUGGCGGGAACCGCAGCCCGGCGAUCCCGGGAUCUCCAGGGCUUGAACUUUCGAGCAGGACAAAGUGCCCUGGAAGGUGGAGAAAGAGGCAACAGUCGCAAAGGAUCCAGGGCUAGAAGGAGUCCAGCCAUUGUUCUUGAAACAGAAACUGAGCAGAUCAACAGGAAGAAAUGGCUGCUUCUCCAGUAAGUACAUCCCAGGGUCUGUUGACAUAUGGGGAUGUGGCUUUGGACUUCUCCCAGGAGGAGUGGGAGUACCUGGACUCUGCUCAGAGGGCUUUGUACAUCGAUGUGAUGUUGGAGAAUUACAUCAAUCUGGUCUCUGUAGAGAAGCAUCACAUGUGUGGUAAAUAUGAGAAGGUCUUGGAUCAGCACUCAGAGCAUAUAGUCCAUCAACAUGUGACUAUACAAGAGAAGUCUUACAAAUAUAAGGAGCUUGGCAAAAUGGUUCAUGAAUCCUCUCCAUGUACACCUUAUAACACAAGUAGUACUGCAGAAAAUUGCGACAAGUACUGCUACCAGGAUGCUUCCAUUGAAUCAUCAAACCUAAACAGAUAUAAAAGUGUGCAUACUGGAGAAGAACUUUUCAAAUAUGAAGAGUGUGGCAAAUGUUUAUGUCCGAACAUUAGUCCAAAUCAAAGUAUUCACUCUAUAAGGAUGGAGCACAAGUAUACAGAAGGUGAUAAUCUUUGGGGCUCUACACACAGACUUGUACAGCAAAGAACGCAUAGUGGAGAGAAAGCGCACAAUUGUGGGAAAUGCUUUAGGAGUUGCUCAAGUCUCAGUCCACAUCAGAGACUUCACACUGGAGAGAAACCAUGGAAGUGUAAAGAAUGUGGUAAGUGCUUUAAGUGGUUAUCUCACCUUAAAACCCAUUGCAGAAUCCAUACUGGAGAGAAACCUUACAAAUGUAAUGAAUGUGAUAAAGGUUUUUCCCGGUUAUCUAGACUUAAAAGCCAUUAUAGAACCCAUACUGGAGAGAAACCUUACAAAUGCGAGGAAUGUGGUAAGUGCUUUUCUCGGUUGUCAAGACUUAAAAGCCAUUAUAGAAUCCAUACAGGAGAGAAACCUUACAAGUGUAAGGAAUGUGGCAAAUCUUUUACCCAUUGCACAGGUCUUAGUACACAUCAGAAAAUUCAUACUGGAGAGAAACCUCACAAAUGCAAAGACUGUGGUAAAUCCUUUUAUCUGUUGUCAACACUUAAAGAACAUCUCAGAGUCCACACUAGAGAGAAACCUUACAAAUGCAAAGAAUGUGGUAAGUUCUUCCAUUGGUUGUCAGGCCUUAAAAGUCACUACAGAAUCCAUACUGGAGAGACACCUUACAAAUGUAAGGAAUGUGACAAGUCAUUUUCUCGGUUAUCAAGACUUAAAAACCAUUAUAGAAUCCAUACUGGAGAGAAAUCCAAAUGUUUAGAAUGUGACAAAUACUUUACCCAAUGCACAGCUCUUAAAAGGCAUCAGAAAAUUCAUACUGAUGAAAAACCCUACAAAUGUGAAAAGUGCAGCAAAUGUUUUUAUGUGUUGUCUCACCUAAAAAGCCAUUGCAGAACCCACACUGGAGAGAAACCUUACAAAUGCGAGGAAUGUGGUAAGUGCUUUUCUCAGUUAUCAAAACUUAAAAACCAUUAUAGAAUCCAUACAGGAGAGAAACCUUACAAGUGUAAGGAAUGCGAUAAAUCCUUUACUCACUGCACAGCUCUUAGUACACAUCAGAAAAUUCAUACUGGAGAGAAACCCCACUCGUGCAAAGACUGUGGUAAAUCCUUUUAUCUGCUGUCAAGACUUAAAGAACAUUAUAGAGUCCACACUGGAGAGAAACCAUACAAUUGCAAGGAAUGUGGUAAGUUCUUCCAUUGGUUGUCAAACCUUAAAAGACAUUCCAGAAUUCACACUGGAGAGAAACCUUACAAAUGUGAAGAGUGUGACAAAUCAUUUACUCACUGCUCCAGUCUUAAAGCUCAUCAGAAAAUUCAUGCUGGGGUGAAACCCUACAAAUGUGAAGAGUGUGGCAAGUCCUUUUAUUGGUUGUCAAACCUUAAAACCCAUUCCAGAAUCCACACUGGAGAAAAACCUUACAAAUGUGGCGAAUGUGAGAAAUCCUUUACCCAGCGCUCUCUUCUUACAAAGCACAUCAGGAUCCAUACUGGGGAAAACCAUGAACAUAGGAAGUGUGUGAGAGCUUCUGAUGAAUGAUUGAUUCAUAGAAAAUACCAAGAGUUUAUACUAAUUCAUGAGGACAAAAUGUAGUCAGAAAAUUCAAACCAGAAAUAAACCACAAGAAUGUUCACUGUUGUGAAAUUCUCAUGUCUUGUGUAUUAAAAAUUCUAUGCUAGAAAACCCAUGAAAUACAUUGAUUUUUUUUCAAAGCCUUUACCUAGUGUUAAAAUUGUAGAUACAUCUGAAAAUUCAUCCUGAAGGAAAACCCAAGAAACUCCUUAAAUAAUGACUCCUCUUUUUCUUACCUUCAAUAUAAUCAUUCAGGAGUCAAACUAUACAGAUAACAUGAGUAUUAGAAAUGUGAAAGAGAUAA